AUCUGCAUCAUUCUUGGACAAGGUGCAUCGAUGCAUAUCAAUAUAAUGAUAGGUGACAAGCAGACAAUAAUCUUCAGAGCAAAUAAGCAGCAGCUAUACCUUGAGGACACUUUGUUUAGGAUACGGUCAAGUGGCAAUAGUUUGUUUACGCGUCAAAGUUGACUUUUCCGACACUGCUCUCUACUGUAAUUUCUGCAGCUGGCCGAGCGUGUGCGAGUGGCUUUCAGAAUCCGGAUAUGAUGAAAAUGUUUUAGACCAAACUUUUAUCAAGCGAACCAGCAGAACGUCGAGGACAAUUAGGAGUAAUAUUACAACUCGUCCCGCGCGAUAAUCGGAAUCAAGCGAAUCAUUGGAAAUUUAUGGAUAACUUUGGAGAUAUUUGAAUUUACAACUAGUGCUGCAUUUUCAAACGGGAAGGCGUUUCACUAUGGAGGAGGGAUGGGAAUGAGUCAAACUUGAGGCAGGGAGUUGUCAUGUUUGUAAGGGUUAAGGGCUAAGGAGGAAAAGGAGAACCUUCGUUAUCUGUCGUGUAUCUCUCCAAGAGGACUGUCUCAUGUCCACGGAUACCGUCUUACCUCCGGAAGGGCCUGCUGGGCCAGGGGAGAACCUUCAACAGGAGACAAGUCCUCUUCUCCCAAACUCCCACGAUGCUUGUGACCGUAACGAAUCAUCUGAAACUACAAACCCAUCCGGAACAUCGUGUCCCAGAGGCACGUCCACCGAAGUACAAAGUCACGUGACGGAGGGAAACACGGCCUAUUGUGACCCUGUUCGAACUCAACCUCAGCCGCUGCCCCAGCCAACCACCUCUGCGCAGGGAGAGCCCGACGAGGGAGAAGAAGAAACUGCUUCUGCCAGCACUCAAAAUGACCACCAAUCCUCCACCGGCCUGAGUAACGGCAAUGGAAUUCGCCGGCAAUGUACCUGUGGGGUGGAGCAGCACCCAUCGCCCGGCGUCUCCCAGAAGAUGCAGAGCCAGCUUCGUUCCAGCCUGUCGGUCAACAGUGACAGCAGCAGACAGAGUAAGGGAAGCUCCACCGGAUCCCACAAGCCUGGGACGUUACCAGAGGACUGCUGUGUCCACUGCAUCCUGGCCUGUCUGUUCUGUGAGUUCCUGACCCUGUGCAACAUGGUGGUGGCCCAGGCUAGCUGUGGCACCUGCACGUCGGAGGUCUGCUGCUGCUGCUGCGCUGAGGACAUGGGAGACGACUGCAACUGCCCCUGCGACGACAUGGACUGUGGCAUCAUGGACGCCUGCUGCGAGUCCUCCGACUGCCUGGAGAUCUGCAUGGAGUGCUGUGGCAUCUGCUUCCCCACAUAGGAAGGGCCAUGAUGGGAUUGGGAAUGAUGGCCGUAUUGCUACUGUAACCUGUACUUUACACUCCAGCAGAGGGAGGGAGAGGGGGA